CAACUUCAGCCAAAUAGUCCUACUUUUCCUGGUGUCGCCAAGCUUGAGGAUUCUGGUUGGCUGGCAGUGACUCCUGCUCACUUCUGAAGAGUUCCUUUUCUGACUUUCUUCAGUUGUGAGGAGAGAGACCCUAGGUAAUGGGCAGGUCAGAGAGCCAGAUGGAUAUCACAGAUAUGAGCCCGCCCAAGCCGCGGACACAGCGCUGGACACCUCUGGAGAUCAGCCUCACGGUGCUGGUCCUGCUGCUGAGCAUCAUCGCCAUCACUAUGAUCGCCCUCUACGCCACCUAUGAUGAUGGCAUUUGCAAAUCCUCAGACUGCAUCAAGUCAGCUGCGAGGCUUAUCCAGAAUAUGGACACUGCGGCUGAACCCUGCACCAACUUCUACCAAUUUGCCUGCGGGGGCUGGAUGAAACGCAACGUCAUUCCCGAGACCAGCUCCCGCUAUAGCAACUUCGACAUCUUAAGGGACGAGCUCGAGGUGGUCCUGAAAGAUGUGCUUCAGGAGCAUAAAACAGGAGACAUUGAAGCUGUGCGUAAAGCCAAGAGUCUGUACUACUCAUGCGUGAACGAAUCUGUCAUCGAAGGCAGAGGUGGGGACCCUCUGCUGAAACUCUUACCCGAUAUUUACGAUUGGCCUGUGGCAACAGAGAUGUGGGAGGAAAACUAUGGUUCUUCCUGGACAGCAGAGAAGUCCAUGGCCCACCUGAACUCUAAGUACGGAAAGAAAGUCCUGAUUAAUUUCUUUGUUGGCACCGAUGAUAAGAACUCCACAAGCCACAUAAUCCAUAUUGAUCAGCCUCGACUCGGCCUCCCCUCCAGAGACUACUAUGAAUGCACUGGGAUUUAUGCAGAGGCUUGCACAGCAUAUGUGGACUUUAUGGUUUCCGUGGCCAAAUUGAUCCGGACAGAAAGAAAACUGCCCAUCAAUGAGACAGAGAUCACUAUGGAGAUGAAUAAAGUGAUGGAGCUGGAAAAAGAGAUUGCCAAUGCUACCACCAAAGCUGAAGACCGGAAUGAUCCGAUGCUCCUUUAUAACAAAAUGACAUUAGCCCAAAUUCAGAAUAACUUCUCUCUGGAGAUUGGCGGGAAGCCAUUCAGCUGGUCCAACUUCACCAAUGAAAUAAUGGGGACCGUGAACAUCAGUGUUCCAAAUGAAGAGCAUGUAAUUGUCUAUGCUCCGAACUAUUUAGUUGAACUCAAGGUUAUCCUCAGCAAGUACUCUCCCAGGGAUCUUCAGAACUUGAUGUCCUGGCGCUUUAUUAUGGACCUAGUCAGUAGCCUCAGCCGAAACUACAAGGAGUCCCGCAAUUCUUUCCGCAAGGCCUUGUAUGGCACCACCUCAGAGAUUGCAGCUUGGCGGCGCUGUGCCAACUACGUCAAUGGGAUUAUGGAGAACGUGGUGGGACGGCUGUACGUGGAGGAGGCUUUCGCUGGAGAGAGUAAACACGCGGUUGAGGAUUUGAUCGCACAGAUACGGGAAGUUUUUGUCCAGACUCUCGAUGACCUCACCUGGAUGGAUACAGAGACCAAGAAGAAAGCAGAGGAGAAGGCAUUGGCCAUCAGAGAAAGGAUCGGCUACCCUAAUGAAAUCAUCUCCGACAAUGACAAGCUCAAUAAGGAGUACCUCGACCUGAACUACAAGGAAGAUGAAUACUUUGAGAACAUCAUGCAAAAUUUGAAGUUCAGCCAAAACAGGCUAUUGAAGAAGCUACGGGAAAGAGUGGAUAAGGAUGAGUGGAUUAGCGGGGCAGCUGUGGUCAAUGCCUUUUACUCCUCGGGACGAAACCAAAUAGUCUUUCCUGCAGGCAUCCUGCAGCCCCCAUUCUUUAGCAUCCAGCAGCCCAAGUCUCUUAACUAUGGAGGCAUUGGCAUGGUCAUUGGGCACGAGAUCACCCACGGCUUUGACGACAAUGGUAGGAACUUCAACAAAGACGGGGAUCUGCAGGACUGGUGGAGCCCUCAGUCGGCUGACAACUUCAAGAAGCAGUCCCAGUGCAUAGUGGACCAAUACAGCAACUUCUCAUGGGACCUGGCUGGUGGCCAACACCUCAACGGGAUCAACACGCUUGGAGAGAACAUUGCGGACAAUGGGGGUCUCGGCCAGGCCUACAGGGCCUAUCAGAGUUAUGUCAGAAAACACGGUGAGGAGAAGCUGCUCCCAGGGCUCGACCUAAACCACAAGCAACUUUUCUUCUUGAACUUUGCCCAGGUAUGGUGUGGGACCUACAGACCCGAAUACGCUGUCAACUCCAUCAACACAGACGUGCAUAGCCCUGGGAACUUCAGGAUCAUUGGGACCCUGCAGAACUCUCCUGAGUUCUCUGAAGCUUACCAUUGCCAAAGGAACACCUACAUGAACCCCAACCGGAAGUGCCGUGUAUGGUGAGAGAUGAGGCCUGCUGCCCUCCACUGGACUCAGCACAGAUGGGGGCACUCGUCCUCCAGAAGCCAGAUCCGGAGAGCUAUGUAUUUGCAGGGGUGGUGACUCAAGACUGCACUGAUGUGGCUGACUUCCCUUGGCUCUCCUGCUGUCUAUCCGUGCCAGCCACUGGAUCAUAACUGGACAUUCCGAUCAGAGGGAGGCAGAAGGGCUGAGCCACACCCACAGGGCUGGAGGGCAAGGGCUGAGAACACAGCCAGGUGCUUGUCAUCACAGAAGGCAAGAGAGCCCUCC